GGUCUUGAAGAUUGAAGGGGUGCGGUUACUUGAGGUAAAAGAUGACACGCCGAUCCAGGGCGAGGAUCGAAAUCUGAGAAAAAACGGAAAUGGCAGGAAAGCAGAGCCCAAGAUCCAGGUCCUACCCAAUCCUCCUCCUCCUCCUCAUUACCCUUUCUCUCCUUGCUCUCUGCAUCCUCUACUUCCACUUCUCCCCAUCCCAUGGAGCCGGUCCCUCCACUCUCUAUCACCAGACCCAGAAACCCGAGACCUCCUUCGUCGCUUCGCUGGAGCACUUCCUCCUCCACCGGUCCCCCAAAUCCCCUCCUCCAGCCCGCGGGGUCAUUGCGACUGACGACGUCGUUAGAGACCUCGACGAAUUGAUGCAUAGGAUAGAGAGCGAGAGGUUGUGGGGAGACCCGUACUUCCCCGCCGCAAUGCCGAUUAGGGUUUACGUGUACGAGAUGCCGAGCAAGUUCACCUACGAUCUCCUGUGGCUGUUUCGGAACACUUAUAGAGACACCUCCAAUCUCACCUCCAAUGGCAGCCCCGUCCACCGCUUAAUUGAGCAGCAUUCAAUUGAUUACUGGCUGUGGAUGGAUUUAAUUGCGCCCGAAUCGGAGAGAUUGUUGAAGAAUGUGGUGAGAGUUGAUAGGCAGGAGGAGGCAGACCUCUUCUACAUACCAUUCUUCACCACCAUAAGCUUCUUCUUAAUGGAGAAACAACAAUGCAAAGCGCUUUACAGGGAAGCUCUGAAUUGGGUGACCAAUCAGCCUGCAUGGAAGCGAUCUGGCGGAAGGGAUCACAUACUUCCAGUUCAUCAUCCCUGGUCUUUCAAAUCUGUUCGCAGAUUCAUGAAGAAUGCAAUUUGGCUGCUACCAGAUAUGGACUCUACGGGCAACUGGUACAAGCCAGGACAGGUUUUUCUGGAGAAAGACCUAAUUCUUCCUUAUGUUGCCAAUGUUGAUUUAUGUGAUGCCAAAUGCUUGUCAGAAAGUUAUUCAAAGAGAACAACUCUACUCUUUUUCCGGGGUCGUCUUAAAAGAAAUGCUGGAGGAAAAAUACGUGCUAAACUUGUAGCUGAAUUAAGUGGUGCUGAGGGUGUAGUUAUAGAGGAGGGAACAGCCGGAGAGGGAGGCAAAGCAGCAGCUCAGAAUGGCAUGCGCAAGUCUAUCUUUUGCUUAAGCCCAGCUGGUGAUACUCCUUCAUCUGCUAGAUUGUUCGAUGCUAUUGUUAGUGGAUGCAUCCCUGUCAUAGUUAGUGAUGAAUUGGAGCUUCCUUUUGAAGGGAUACUUGAUUACAGAAAGAUAGCUCUAUUUGUUUCAUCCAGUGAUGCUGUACAACCAGGAAGGUUUUUAACAUUUCUACGAGCUAUUCACCCUGCUCGUAUCAGAGAAAUGCAACGAAAUCUAGCAAAGUACUCUCUGCAUUUUAUGUAUUCCAGUCCAGCUCAGCCUUUGGGUCCAGAAGAUUUGGUUUGGAGAAUGAUGGCUGGUAAGUUAGUAAAUAUCAAGCUCCACAUCCGGAGAUCUCAGCGCGUGGUAAAAGAUUCUAGAAGCCUGUGCUCUUGUGACUGCAGGCAAGCCAACUUUACGAGCUCAGGCCUCUAAUCUUAAUGAAUUGCUACUCUCUCCAGUGAAAAUAUUCUUUCCUGCCGUGGCAUGGUUUUAUUUUUUUGGUCUGUCGUUUGUUAAUUUAUUGGCGAUAAUCACUCUCUCAUGCCCACAUCUUGUGGCAACCAAUCUUGGAUUCA